AUGGUGUCUCUCACUGCUGCCUGCAAGGCAAAUCACGCCCUUGUUCUUCCUGGACUACUUGCUGCUGGUUAUGCGAACCAGGCGGAUGGCGGAACCACGGUUUCACUGAACUACGAAGAGGACUUGCAGUCCGUCGGUCCAAACAAAGAGGCUCUGAAACUAAUUACGGAAGAUGGAAAUGUUCUCUACAAUGAUGCCGUUAUUCACUAUCUACGGGAUAAUUCCUCUUGCCUCCAACUUGGUAAUACGGAUCAGGUAUCUGAAUGGAUUGUGAGAUCUCUGGAUCUAACAGCUCUGGACUUCAAAUCCAUUGAGAAGCCUCUCAAUGAACUCGAAAGCCACUUUACUCUCCGUUCAUUCAUCGUCGGGUAUUCUCUUACCCUUGCUGAUAUCAUCGUAUGGGGUACGAUACGCGGAAACAAGGUUUCCAUUUCCACCAUUAAAAAACGUGCUGGGAACAUACUUCGAUGGUUCUCCCACAUUGAGGCUGAAAAUCCCUGGAUUAAUCAGAUAGUCCUCGACCUGGAAGCCUCCGUCCGGAAAAAACGAGCUGCUGGUAGCGCUGCUGGGGCCAGUUAUGAAAUUGGCCUGAGCACCGAGAACAUCGUCACCAGGUUCCCACCAGAACCUUCUGGUUAUCUCCAUAUUGGACAUGCAAAGGCAGCUUUGCUUAAUGAUUUCUUUGCCCAUAAACAGUCAGGUGGGACGAUGAUUUGCCGCUUCGACGAUACAAAUCCCUCGAAAGAAAAUGCAGAAUUUCAAGAUUCUAUUCUCCAUGACCUCCAGCUACUUGGAAUUACACCAGAUAGAGUGUCAUAUUCUAGCGACUAUUUCGAUCUUAUGUUUGAUCUUUGCACUAAGUUAAUUUCUAGCGGCAAGGCAUAUGCCGACAAUACUGACAAGGCGAUAAUGAACCAUGAGAGACGGCAUGGCAUAGCAAGUAAGUGCCGCUACAUUUCUGUGGAUGAAAGCCUUUCCCAUCUUUUACAAAUGAAGUCCGGCUCGCCAGAAGGGCAAGCUUGGUGUAUCCGGGCAAAGAUAUCAGUGGAUGACCUCAACAGGGCAAUGCGAGACCCAGUUAUAUACCGCUGCAAUCCUCAACCGCAUCAUCGGACCGGUGAUAAGUGGAAAAUAUAUCCUACAUAUGACUUCUGUGCUCCUAUUCUGGACUCUAUUGAGGGUGUGACGUACGCUCUUCGAACUAAUGAAUACCGAGAUCGAAAUGCACAAUAUGCUUGGAUGCAGCAGGCUUUAGGGCUUCGUGAAGUUACGAUAUGGGAUUUCUCACGGAUAAACUUUGUGCAAACUGUUCUCUCAAAGAGAAAAUUAGCACUCCUGGUAGAGAAACAAGUUGUCUGGAACUGGGAUGACCCUAGAAUGCCCACUAUCCGUGGAAUUAGAAGGAGAGGAAUGACAAUUUCGGCUCUCCGUGAAUUUAUAUUGAAGCAAGGCCCAAGCAGAAAUAUUAUUAACCUUGACUGGACGUCAAUAUGGGCAAUCAACAAAAAAUACAUCGAUCCUAUUGCUUCUCGCUACACUGCCAUUCUAAAGGAAGGUAUGGUCUAUGCUAAGAUCAAUGGAAUCGAGGGUCUUCCUCUCGUCAAACGGAAACAAAAACAUCCAAAGAAUCCAGAGCUUGGAUUGAGAAAUGUUGUCUACAGUCGCAAUGUCUGUCUUGAUCAAGCUGAUGCACUAUCAUUUCUUCCCGGCGAGGAAAUUACCCUAAUGGCAUGGGGAAAUGCCAUUGUCCGGGAUAUCAUCAAAUGUCCCAAGACACAGUUGAUCACCUACAUUGAGUUUGACCUGCAUUUGGAAGGGGAUUUCAAGAAAACAGGCAAAAAGAUAACCUGGCUCUCGCAGGAUCAGGACCUUAUCCCCGCUGAGUUAGUUGAUUUUGACCAUCUUAUUACGAAAGAUAAGCUGGAAAAAGAAGACGACAUUAUGUCCUAUGUUAACUGGAAAUCCGAAAGUCGUUCAUAUGCAUGGGUUGAUGUUGCUGCAGGGGAACUUAGGGUAGAUGAUACAAUCCAACUUGAGCGUAAGGGUUAUUAUCGAGUUGAUCGUGCGCAUUCUGAUGGGCAACCGCUCAUUCUUUUCUCUAUCCCUACCGGCAAGAUAGCAUAA